AUGUACGAGCUGUUCCUCACGGCGCUCGUCGAGGAUACCGACUUCGGCGCCGCUUGCGCUGUCCUCGGAGGCCUAUGCGGCAUGUCGCCAUGGGAGAGCGUCCACCGCGUGCUCUACUUCCAAGGGCCGCCGAGGCCAGUCGGCAUCUCCAACCAGAGCUCAAUCGACAAGCCCAUCCGUAAAGACGUUGGCUUUCUGUGGAAAGACCUACACCAAAAUCUCAGCCGGCAAUCCUUCGUGCUGCAACUACGCUACGAGGUAUUGAAAGACCGCGACAUGGGCCCCAAUGCCAUUGCAACCGACCUCGAUGCGACGCCAGGCAUGUUGCGGUGGACCGACUUCCCAGAUCCGCCACAUGGUCGGCCCAUUCUUACCCAGCGCAAGAAAGUAGAGCUUUGGGAACAAAAAAAGCUUCCCUCCGUUUUGCGAGAUAAUCUCUAUCAAUUUAAGACCGAGACAAUCGAAGAAGUCUACCGAUUCUUCCGUGAAGAAGUCGAGUUCUGCCUCGUGCGACACUACUUCCUGAAGCCCCUUGAUCACUAUGUCCCAAUGGAGAUGAGGGGACAACAAGCCAGUGCUUCGCCCAGCCUACCGGCCUGGGAAUCUCUGACACCCAUCGAUAUGCAGAAGCGGUGGUUUCUUCUGGUCAAAGCCAACGUUUUACAGGACAACAAACCCGAUGAGAUUCGCAAAGUUCAAGACCAGCUUCUCGCCAUCCGCAAUGAAUUGGAGGGCGUGUUCGAGUUCAAGACUAUCGACCGCAAGGUGCAUGACACGAGAGUGGCACAACAGCAGCAGGGCAUUCAGGCCCUGCCCCAAAAAGUAAUGUUGGGGAAGAACUGA